ACCCACCACCUUGCUCGGAGCCCACUCAUUGGCUGCCUAGGAAAAUAACCAGGGGACAAUGGUUGCCAAUUGUAAACAUAGGGGAUAAGUAUUCAUUUAGCCUAGGCGGCUGGGGAGUGGCUAAGUACAGACUGGAGCUGGAUUCAGUAGUGCUGGGCUUGUUACACAGUGCUUGUGUCUUCUCUUUGGUGUUGAUCCUACUCAAGUGCCUAGUCCUUAUUCAUUGCACUUCCUCCAUUCUGCAGAAUCUUUCAGCUCAGAGCAUUCAUAUAUUUGACUGGAUCUUCAUCUCUGAUUCUUCACCAACUUGCUGAACAGCUGCUGACAAACUCAGGCCCUGUGUCUGAUUGCUUAUUGACCCAGUCGUUAAAACACUCUUUCGUUUAACAUGGAUGAUUUUGAGCGUCGCCGGGAGCUCAGGAGACAGAAGCGGGAGGAAAUGCGCCAGGAAACGGAGAGGUUAACCUAUCAGAGAAAUGAUGAUGAUGAUGAAGAAGCUGCGAGGGAACGCCGUCGUCGUGCCCGCCAAGAGAGACAACGCCUACAAAAGGAUGAUGCUGGAGAUGGGACAGAAGUCAGCUCUCAAAAUAGUGUCACAACUGAGACAACAAGAUCUUCAGCAAAUACAAGUACUGAUUUUUCAGCGGAUGAUGAAUCUGCCCUCUUGGAAAGACUUGCAAAGAGAGAAGAGAGGCGUCAGAAGCGUUUAAAAGAAGCCAUGGAACGGCAGAAAGAGUACGAUCCAACAAUAACAGAUGAAACACCGUCCUUAUCGAAGGACAACAGAAAUGGACAAAAUGAAGUGGAGCAAAACAACACCUCAGCAAAGGAGGAUGACUCUGUAACCCAUCGACCACGGUAUGAAGUGGAGGAGACCGAAAUAUUGACAAAGUCCUACCAAAAGAAUGACAGCAUUGAGGAAGUACAAGAGGAAGUGCAAACGAAUGAAGCAGAGAUAAAGGAAGAAGUGCCAGUCGAAACACCACAAGAGUAUCUCAUUGAGAACAAUCAGGUAGAAGUUAAUUUUGAACUGAAAAAUUCAGACCAUGAAGUUAGAGUAAUAAAUUUAGAAAUAAGUAUGGACAAAGAUGAGACUGAACUUAGAGAAGAAAAAGAGAGGAAAGCUGAAGAGAAAAGGAUUGAGGAAGAAGCUAGAAGAGAAGCAAUGGAAAGGGAAAAGGCUGAGGAAGAAAGAAAUGCAGCAGAAGAAAGGGAAAGACUUGAGGCAGAGAGAAUAGCCACUGAGGAAAGAGAAAGGCAUGAGGCAGAGAGAAUAGCCACAGUGGAAAGAGAAAGGCAUGAGACAGAGAGAAUAGCCAUAGAGGAAAGAGAAAGGCAUGAGGCAGAGGCAAAACAGGAAGCAGAACAAAGGGAAAAAGAACAAGCUGAAGCGGAAGAGAGGAAAAGGCAGAGGCAGCAGGAAGAGGAAGAGAAAAAAUUAGCCGAGGAAAGGGCUGAAGCUGAGAGGAAAGCACAAGAAGAAAGAGAAAGGGUAUUGGCAGAGCAGAAAAAGGCAGAGGAGGAAAAAUUAAGGCUGGAGGCAGAGCAAAGAAAGGCAGCAGAGGAGGAAAAAUUAAGGUUGGAGGCAGAGCAAAGGAAGGCAGCAGAGGAAAAGAAAAAGGCAGAGGAGGAAAAAUUAAGGUUGGAGGCAGAGCAAAGGAAAGCAGCACAGGAGAAGAAAAAGGCAGAGGAAAAAAGGUUAGAGGAAGAGAGGGAAAGAAAAAAGGCAGAUGAGAAAAAGGCAGCAGAAGAGAGGGAAAGAAAGAAGGCAGAGGAGAAAAAAGCUGCCGAGGACAGAGAAAGGAAAAAGGCAGAAGAAGAGAAGGCAAGGUUAGAGGCCAAAAAGAAAGAGGAAAAGAAAGACAAGAAGGAAAAGAUCCAACCUGCCUUCUUAAGGAAACAGGGAGAAGACAAAGAAGCAAAAGUGGAUUCUAGAAAGGACAAAAUUUCAAAUGAGAAACCACGAGCAGGCUUCCGAAAAGAGGAGGUUAAGGAAGAGAAAGCCAAGGGUCAAAAGGAAGACCUGAAGGCAACCUGGGAACGUAAGAAAGAGAUUCCAGAUAUCAAGGCACAAAAUGGAGAAAGCGGACAUGAACGUGCUCCCCAGAAGCUAAAACAGCUUGAGAAAUUUGGUGGGACAAAAUCUCUUCCAACUUCUGAUGAAACUGAUUCAGUAUCUAAAGUCGAAGCUGAUAAGAGACUGGAGGAACUGCGUCGGCGCCGUGGGGAAAAUGAGAGUGGAGAGUUUGAUAAAUUAAAGCAGAAGCAGCAGGAAGCUGCAGUGGAAUUAGAGGGGCUGAAAAAAAGGCGUGAGGAACGCCGGAAGAUACUGGAGGAAGAGGAACAGAAGAAGAAGCAGGAAGAGGCAGAGAGAAAAGCCAAAGAAGAGGAGGAAAAGAAGAGAUUGAAAGAAGAUAUUGAAAAGAGAAGAGCGGAGGCUGCAGAGAAGCGCCAAAAACUGCCAGAAGAUGGUUUAACAGAGGAGAAGAAACCCUUUAAGUGUUUCACACCAAAGGGUUCAUCUCUCAAGAUUGAAGAACGAGCAGAAUUCCUCAACAAGUCUGCGCAAAAGGGUAGUACCAAAUCAACGCAGCCCGCAGCACCUGUAUCUAAGAUUGACAGCAGACUUGAGCAAUAUACUAGUGCAAUUGGGAGCAACAAAGGUGCCAAGCCUGCCAAAACAGCGCCCUCUGACUUGCCCUUGGCAGCUGAUGGUGUUCGUAAUAUAAAGAGCAUGUGGGAGAAAGGGAAUGUUUUCUCAUCGCCAGGUGGAGCUUUGUCACCAAACAAGGAAACGGCAACCAUAAAAGUUGGUGUUUCAAGUCGUAUUAAUGAGUGGCUCACAAAAACACCGGAGACCAACAAAACAACUCCCUCUAAACCUUCUGACUUAAGACCUGGAGAUGUAUCUGGAAAGCGCAAUUUAUGGGAGAAACAGCAAGUGGAGAAACCUGGAUCGCCAACCAAGAUGACAGCUGGAGGAAAGAAAUCUGACACAAAUGCAGGUCUGAGAUUUGAAAAGGAGCCAUAGGAAUACAAACCCGCUGGACCAACUCAGUUACAAUGUGCUAAUUCGUCUUUUUUUAUAUAUUUAUGUUUACUUACCAAAAAUGUGUUUUUUUCAUUAUACCGAAUGAAACCAUGUAUAUUAGCACUGUAUUUAAUAGCCCCCUUCCCCCAAUGAGACUAUUUGAGACGAUUACUGCAUUUGCACAAGACCCUAAUUUCUCCUGAGGAUCAGGCUGUGAAACAAAAAGUAUUUCUACUGAUACAUUAAUGGUUUGUUAUAGAGUCGCGAAUGCUGCAAAUUUAAGGCAGAGUUAGGGCAAGUUAGCAUUGCGAUACAUGUCACUAGAAAUAUACUGCACUUUAGAGAGUCUAUUGAAUGAUCCAUUGUCCAACAUUAAUAUUAACGCCAUUAAUUCAUUUUUAUCAUUUUAUUCAAGAAAUUUGAACCACCUUAUUUUAUGAAUGAUUUGCCCAAAUUGGCUUUUAUUAGCUUACUGUGGUACUAUGAAAUAAUCUUAAAAAAAAAGAUAUAAACCUGCUCCACUUAUAGGUUCCUGUACUAUAACUCCCAGCAUUCCCCGGCAUAUUUUGGAAGAUUAAAGCAUGGUGGGAACUGUAGUCCAUUAACAUCCGGGGUAGAUUCUUAAAGCAACACUGCACAAGUCCUCUAGGGCAAGCGGCCUAAUUUAUGCAAGAAGAUCCUUCAAUGAGAAUUCUACCUGCUCUGUUUACACUUGACUCUCUGUUUUUUGGUUUAAUAGGAUUAAACUAUUGUUUCCAGCUCCAAGCAGCCCCAUAUAUGUGCAUCUGAAGUUUGAUAACUGUAAUAUUGGCAAGCAAAGAAUUGUUUUUUACUCUCCAUAUGUUAGAUGAGCAGAUGUUUGAUAUAGCACUGGUAGAAACAAUUCUCAUUGGAGAAUCUUCUUGCAAAUGUAAUUAAGUUUGAGAAGUCUACUUUGGAGCUCUAGGGGGGAGAAAUGAAUCAGUUUUAGGAAAGGUCUGCAUCGUCUUAAAUACUGUUCAACAACUGAGGUUUAUACACAGCACAGUAUAUUUACAGGUCGCUUUACCGCAUUUAUUCCUAAAGCACUAUUAAAUGCAGAAGCUUUUUUAUGUGCUAGAAUGUAUGUAGAUUUUUUUUUCAUAAUAGCAAAUAUCACAGCUUCCUAUUUCACCUUUUCAUUUUUUUUAAAAACAUUUUAACAGUUUUUCUUUACUUGAUACAUAAUAUAGUUAUUCAAAAUUAAAGCCCAAGGAAAAAAUAUAUAUAUAUAGUAAAAACAAAUGAAAAAUAGGUACAUUAUAAUGAGGCUCGCUAAAUUAGUCUAAAAUUGGUAAUUAAUUUAUAAACAGAAAUGUAUUUUCUCAGCACCAAAUUAUCACUAAUUCAGAAUCCAGCAAUAGGGGUCACUGUCAAAAUAUUUUUUUAAUAAGUUUUUUUUUAUUUUAACGUGGUUUUUUUUACCCAUCCCCAAGAUGAUGACAGGCAAGUUUCAUUUUAUAUGUCUUUAAAGACAUUUUUGUCUAUAUAGUUUUUUAAUAGCCCUGCCCACACUUAUUUGAAAUAGGGAGGCACCACAUCCACUUUUUUGCCAAACCGAAUCCGAACCCUAAUUAGCAUAUGCUAAUUAGGUUUUGGAAGGGUAACAUUUUGAAAAUGUUUUAACGUAACAAAAAGUCACAUGAUUUUUAGGAUUCAGAUUCAGUAUGGCCAGGAGUGUGGAUCCUGCCGAAAAAGGCAGAAUCUUGGCUGAAUCCUGAACCGAAUCCUGGAUUCGGUGCAUCACUAAUUUGAAACAUGACUGGCACACAGCAUGGAAAACUUUGGUGUAGAAUAUGUUAAUAUUUUCACCUUAAGACAUUACUUUGAUGGGUCUUAAAAUAUGAUAAACAUUGGCUUAAAAAUAUAUUAUAUGUCAACCCUUAUAUAGUUCAUUGGAGGAAUCUUUUCAUCAAGUUUUUCAGUGUUUCUGUAAAUAGAAGCAUUGUAUUUUACACUGGGGAAGUAACACAAAGGCAGCCAUUUUGUUCUGGCAUUUGUCCUCCUCUUGAAAAGUCUGUUCAAAUGAUACUGACUUUCUUAACUGUUACAAUUUAAUACAUUUUUUGUGGAAUACUAUUUAAAGGUUAGAUGUAUUCUGUCCUCAGUAGCUUGGUUCUCUUUACAGGUAUAGAAUCUAUUAUGCAGGUACCCAUUAUCCGAAUUAUGGGAAGAGAUGUCCUUGAUGGCAAAACAAUUUAACAUGUUUCCAGAGAUAGAUUUGAGACCGGUAUUGUAAUACAUAAGAGCAAGGUCAUUGAAUUCAAAGCUAUGUGUAACUUUUAUGGCAACUUUCUAAUUGAACUUUAAAUGAAUUUCUGUUAUGAUGAAGACAGUGGUAUUUUAAAGCAAUUUGCAGUUAGUCUAACCUUUAUUUUUUGUUGGUUUUGGAAUAAAUGUUUUUGUUCCUCAGCUCUCAGGCUUGGAAGCUAUGCGGUUCCUAGGGUUCCAUUUACCCUAGAAGCCAGGCAGCAGUUUGGUAGUCAGAAUGAUAAAUAAACAGAAAUAAUGAUAUCAAAUCAACAAUGAAAUUUAAUCCGCACAUUCAAUUUGUUAUUGGUUGCUGAGGUCAGUGACAAACAUAAAACAGCAUUUUCAUGUACUGGCUGGAAAUAGGCAGAAUAUGAUGACUCAAAUAAUGAUAAAACUAUACAGAAUCAAUAAAGUAGACCAAAGUUGCUUAA